GCCGGAUUAAGUGAGUUGUGAUAAGCUGCUCGGUGGAUCCAUCAAAGGCAUCGGAGCAGCCUACUGGAUCGUCGAGUAAAAAGAGGGAGGACUGGAUGUCGUACAAUAAGCUUUCCUUUUCCGCUUUCUCGCUACCUGAGCUGUGUGCUCCUCCACAUUCAGGCGGACCUCCGCGGCACAGACGGCAGGAGAGAGCCGAGCGAGGCACGGCGUCAGCGGGGAGAAGCAGCAGCAGAGUCCCUCCUUUUUCUUCUUCGGAAUAAAACCAGUGGAGGCGCCUUGUCGGGGAUUUCCCCCCUUCUAAAUCUAUCGGAUAACUUGGCGUUGUUGUUGUUUUUUUACUCCCAGUACAUGACACCAGGCCAUCGGCUUCUCGCGGCGCGUUGACGCCGGCGAAGAGGCUGCGGCGGCGGCUUGGCGAACAGCGGCGAGUCGCUCUCCUCCUGGAGCUCGGAUGGUGCGGAGGAUUAAGCCAAGGGGGGGAGAUUGUUUGUUCAUGACGGCCGUGCGUGUGCACCAUGCACCGGCACACAACUUUGAGCCGUGACACGUCUCCAUUAAAAGAGCCAAAGAAAAGAUCCAGAAGCCUUUAUAAAUAAACAUUUAAAAAAAUAAAAAUAAAAAAAAAAGAUCCAGAAGCCGGGUGGCAUGCACCACGGGCGGCGCAGUCCUCUGAUGUCACACGGUGCAAACAGAGCCCAAGGCGGCGGGGUUGUGUUGCCAGGUCAUUACUGAACCACCGAAACAGUGCUAAAGUGUCGCUUAUAGGCCGACGACGGAUAAGACUGGGACGCUUUGUUGUUGAAAAGGGAAACGUUGCCAGCGGCGGACGAUAAGCCAGAAGUUCCUGAUGGUGUUCCGGAAGUUGCCAGGUGUGUCCGCGUCAGGUAUGGGGCUCCGCCUGUCCCAGAAGUUCGUCUUCCUGCUCUUCCUCUCCGGCCUGGUCACCCUCUGUUUCGGGGCGCUCUUCUUCCUGCCGGACUCGGUGCGACUGAAGCGGAUCUUCCUAUCCAAGACGGAGAGCCAGCCGGCGACGGUGCGGUCGGGCUCGGAGAACGACGUCCGGGAACAGGAGCACCCGCGAGGGGUGACCUCCGCCAGGGAGAGCCGGGGCGUAGGCGGAGGUGUCGGGCCGAAACUCAGUCUCGGCCCGAAGAAAGCUGCUUCUUACGAGGCCGCCGAGGAGCGCCCGGCCGGAGGGAAGGCUCCGGAGCUUCGGACCUUAACUGGGUCCAACACGGAGGCGGGGAGAGCCACGCCGUCACAGCGCGUUGCCAGCGCCGAGGUUUUCAGCCACCAGAAGUUCAAGGGGUGCCUGCUGAAGCCCGCGCUGGGGAGCGAUGGCGGCAAACCCCAGGACCCCACGACGGACCAACGGCGGGAGAAGGUCAAAGAGAUGAUGAAGUUUGCCUGGGACAACUACAAGCUGUACGCCUGGGGCAAGAACGAGCUGCGACCUUUGACCAAGAACGGCCAUAUCGGCAACAUGUUUGGUAGCUUGAGAGGAGCAUCCAUCAUCGACUCUCUGGACACGCUCUACAUCAUGGGGCUGCUGGACGAGUACCACCAGGCCAAGGAGUGGGUGGAGACCAGCAUGGACCUCACCUCGAACGGCGAGGCGUCCGUCUUUGAGGUGAACAUCCGUUACGUCGGCGGGCUGCUGUCGGCGUACUAUCUGACAGGAGAGGAGAUGUUCAAGACUAAAGUGCUGGAGUUGGGUCGGAAGUUGUUACCCGCCUUCAACACGCCGACCGGGAUCCCGCGAGGAGUCAUCAACCUGGGGAGUGACAACAGUUGGAGUUGGGGCUGGGCGUCGGCCGGCAGCAGCAUCCUGGCCGAGUUCGGCACUCUGCACCUGGAGUUUGUCCACCUCAGCCAGCUGUCGGGUGACCCCGUGUACAAGGAGAAGGUGAUGAACAUCCGGAAGGUGCUGAAUAAGAUCGACAAACCCCAAGGCCUCUACCCCAACUUCCUCAGCCCGGUCAGCGGAAACUGGGUCCAACAUCACGUCUCUAUCGGCGGACUGGGGGACAGUUUCUACGAGUACCUGAUCAAGUCCUACCUGAUGUCGGACAAGACGGACGAGGACGCCAAGAGGAUGUACUACAGCGCCUUGGAGGCCAUCGAAGCCAACCUGGUGCAGAAGUCCCCGGGGGGUCUGACCUACAUGGCGGAGUGGAGGGGGGGCAUCCUGGACCACAAGAUGGGUCACCUGGCCUGCUUCUCCGGGGGCAUGAUCGGGCUGGGGGCUGACGACGGGGCCCCCGACCGGCGCCAGCACUACCUGGACCUGGCCGCCCAGAUCACGCACACCUGCCACGAGAGCUACGACCGCUCAGCUACCAAACUGGGACCCGAGACCUUCCGAUUCGACAGCGGCGCCGAGGCCACGGCGACCCGAUUGAGCGACAGAUACUACAUCCUGCGACCUGAGGUCAUCGAGAGCUACAUGUACCUGUGGAGGUUGACCCAUGACCCCAAGUACAGGGACUGGGGCUGGGAGGCCGUGGAGGCUCUGGAGCGACACUGCAGAGUGGAGUUCGGCUUCUCGGGGAUACGCGACGUCUACACGCUGGCGGACGGUCACGACAACAUGCAGCAGAGCUUCUUCCUGGCAGAGACUCUCAAGUAUUUGUACCUGCUCUUCUCCGAGGACGACCUCCUCCCCCUGGAGGACUGGGUCUUCAACACGGAGGCCCACCCCCUGCCCGUGGUGCGCGAGCACUGCCUGCAGGACCCCCGCCCCCAGGAGAAGACCCCCGCCCCCUCCCCCUGAGGGCCCAGGGACCGUGGUCAAACUCUCAUUCCUUUCCAGCAAAGGAGGUUGUGGUUUCACGCUGUGAUUGUAUAUUCUAAUCGCCAGCAAGGCGGGGAGGGUUUUUUUUUUCUUUCUUUUCAUGGACAAUCAAGACAAAGUUUUAUGCCAAGAGCACCUUUUCUUUCCUUCUUUCCUCUGUGAGGAACCCAAGAUGUUGUCAACAACCACAACAAAAACACUUGUUGACUUCUCUUUUUCUGUCUUUUUUUUUUGUUUUUUGUUUCUUCACUGACCAAAGGUUUGUUCCCCCCCUUAGUGAUCAGAAGAGCCCUACAACAGGGGUGUCCAAAGUGUGGCCCGCCGGUAAUUUUUUCACGGCCCUAAGCACAUUCUAAAAAUACGAUUAAAAAAAUAAAAAACAGAAAGAGUAGUAUAAAAGAGUAAACAGGUAAAAUGUGACAAGAAAAUGUUGCAAUGUUUACUCUAAUAACACAAAGCUGCUAUGCAGGCUGUUAUUUUCUUUAAAAAAAUAAUAAUUAAUCACAAUCAAUGUCACAUUAAAUAUUCCACUUUGAGAUAUUUUUUGGGGAAAAAUGUUGCAUAUUUUGUGUUUCCCAUACAAAAAACAAAGUAGUUUUUUUUUCUAAAGAAGGGCCUAAUAAGAACAAACAAUAAACAUAAACUACAAUAAAAGUUAUAAUUGACAGAUGGAUCUGAAGUUGAUCUCAAGACGAUUGUGUUUAAAAUUCUAUUUGGGGAAACUAUUGCAUAAUUUGUGUUUUUUUUCCAUAGCAAAACAGUGUUUUCUUUGACAAAAAGGACAUACAACUUCAGUCUUUAAAAACAUUAUAAUGACAGAUAGACCUAAUGUUGAUCUACAUAUUUAAACCUUGAAUAACAAUAAUCCAAAAUAAAGACACAUUUUAAAUAUUUUUGACCAAAAUCCUUAUAAUCUCAAAUAUUCCACUUUAAAAUACUAUUGGGGGAAACUAUUGCAUAUUUUGUGUUUUUUUCCCCAUAACAAAACAGGGUUUUCUUUGACGAAAAGGGCAUACAAAACGUUAUAUUGACAAAUAGACCUAAUGUUGAUCUACAGAUUUAAACCUUGAAUAACAAUAAUACAAAAUAAAGACACAUUUUAAAUAUUUUUGACCAAAAUCCUUAUAAUCUCAAAUAUUCCACUUUAAAAUUCUAUUUGGGGAAACUAUUGCAUAUUUUGUGUUUUUUUCCCAUAACAAAACAGUGUUUUCAUUGACAAAAAGGGCAUACGACUUCAGUCUUUAAAAACGUUAUAAUGACAGAUAGACCUAAUGUUGAUCUACAGAUUUAUACAUUGAAUCACAAUAAUACAAAAUAAUGACACAUUUUAAAUAUUUUUGACCAAAAUCCCUAUAAUCUCAAAUAUUCCACUUUAAAAUUGUAUUUGGGGAAACUAUUGCAUAUUUUGUGUUUUUUUCCCAUAACAAAACAGUGUUUUCUUUGACAAAAAGGGCAUACGACUUCAAUCUCUAAAAACGUUGUAUUGACAGAUAGACCUAAUGUUGAUCUACAGAUUUAAACCUUGAAUAACAAUAAUACAAAAUAAUGACACAUUUUAAAUAUUUUUUGACCAAAAUCCUUAUAAUCUCAAAUAUUCCACUUUAAAAUUGUAUUGGGGGAAACUAUUGCAUAUUUUGUUUUUGUUUUUUCAUUAACAAAACUGUGUUUUCUUUGACAAAAAGGGCAUACAACUUCAAUCUUUAAAAACGUUAUAAUGACAGAUAGACCUAAUGUUGAUCUACAGAUUUAAACAUUGAAUAACAAUACAAAAUAAUGACACAUUUUAAAUAUUUUUUUACCAAAAUCCUUAUAAUCUCAAAUAUUCCACUUUAAAAUACUAUUGGGGGAAACUAUUGCAUAUUUUGUGUUUUUUUCCCCAUAACAAAACAGGGUUUUCUUUGACGAAAAGGGCAUACAAAACGUUAUAUUGACAAAUAGACCUAAUGUUGAUCUACAGAUUUAAACCUUGAAUAACAAUAAUACAAAAUAAAGACACAUUUUAAAUAUUUUUGACCAAAAUCCUUAUAAUCUCAAAUAUUCCACUUUAAAAUUCUAUUUGGGGAAACUAUUGCAUAUUUGUGUUUUUUUCCCAUAACAAAACAGUGUUUUCAUUGACAAAAAAGGCAUACGACUUCAGUCUUUAAAAACGUUAUAAUGACAGAUAGACCUAAUGUUGAUCUACAGAUUUAUACAUUGAAUAACAAUAAUACAAAAUAAUGACACAUUUUAAAUAUUUUUGACCAAAAUCCCUAUAAUCUCAAAUAUUCCACUUUAAAUUGUAUUUGGGGAAACUAUUGCAUAUUUUGUGUUUUUUUCCCAUAACAAAACAGUGUUUUCUUUGACAAAAAGGGCAUACGACUUCAAUCUUUAAAAACGUUGUAUUGACAGAUAGACCUAAUGUUGAUCUACAGAUUUAAACCUUGAAUAACAAUAAUACAAAAUAAUGACACAUUUUAAAUAUUUUUUGACCAAAAUCCUUAUAAUCUCAAAUAUUCCACUUUAAAAUUGUAUUGGGGGAAACUAUUGCAUAUUUUGUUUUUGUUUUUUCAUUAACAAAACAGUGUUUUCUUUGACAAAAAGGGCAUACAACUUCAAUCUUUGAAAACGUUCUAUUGACAGAUAGACCUAAUGUUGAUCUAGACAUUUAAACAUUGAAUAACAAUACAAAAUAAUGACACAUUUUAAAUAUUUUUUUACCAAAAUCCUUAUAAUCUCAAAUAUUCCACUUAAAAAUUCUAUUGGGGGAAACUAUUGCAUAUUUUGUGUUUUUUUUCCCAUAACAAAACAGGGUUUUCUUUGACGAAAAGGGCAUACAACUUCAAUCUUUAAAAACGUUAUAUUGACAAAUAGACCUAAUGUUGAUCUACAUAUUUAAACCUUGAAUAACAAUAAUCCAAAAUAAAGACACAUUUUUAAUAUUUUUGACCAAAAUCCUUAUAAUCUCAAAUAUUCCACUUCAAAAUUGUAUUGGGGGAAACUAUUACAUAUUUUGUUUUUGUUUUUUCCAUAACAAAACAGGGUUUUCUUUGACAAAAAGGACAUACAACUUCAGUCUUUAAAAACGUUAUAAUGACAGAUAGACCUAAUGUUGAUCUACAGAUUUAUACAUUGAAUAACAAUAAUACAAAAUAAUGACACAUGUUAAAUAUUUUUGACCAAAAUCCCUAUAAUCUCAAAUAUUCCACUUUAAAAUUGUAUUUGGGGAAACUAUUGCAUAUUUUGUGGUUUUUCCCCAUAACAAAACAGUGUUUUCUUUGACAAAAAGGGCAUACAACUUCAAUCUUUAAAAAUGUUAUAAUGACAGAUAGACCUAAUGUUGAUCUACAGAUUUAUACAUUGAAUAACAAUAAUACAAAAUAAUGACACAUUUUAAAUAUUUUUGACCAAAAUCCUUAUAAUCUCAAAUAUUCCUCUUUAAAAUUGUAUUUGGGGUAAAACUAUUGCAUAUUUUGUGUUUUUUUUCCAUAACAAAACAGGGUUUUCUUUGACAAAAAGGGCAUACAACUUCAAUCUUUAAAAAUGUUAUAUUGAGAGAUAGACCUAAUGUUGAUCUACAGAUUUAAACCUUGAAUAACAAUACAAAAUAAUGACAUAUUUUAAAUAUUUUUUGGACCAAAAUCCUUUGGGGUCCCCAGGAUCAAGCCUGAAUGUAUAUUUUUACACAUAUAUUGUAUUGGUUUUUGAAGUAAAAACAUAUCAAAACGGCCCCCGCUUGCCUUGAUUUUUCCGUGUGCGGCCCUCAGUGGAAAAAGUUUGGACACCCCUGCCCUACAACAACCUUGAUGUCAAGUUUCUUGCUGAAACAACAACAAAAAAAGCUUUCUUUCAAAACAACAAGUCAGGAAAGUGUCUUACAGUGUGCAUCCUGAAACUUUUUUUUAUUUUUUCGACUUCUUUAAAAUGGCAACUUGAGUUUAAUUUUUUUUUAUAAUACUCGUUUCUCUUUUCAAUCAGUCGUGUAAAUACCGAGUCACUCCUGUGUGAGCGUCUUGGUUUUUCUUUGGUGAUCUCGCUUUUUUUUUGUUUUGUUUCCUUCCAAUACUUCAGUGGUGGCUUUGCUUUGCUUCCCUCAGGUGUUUCACUCAGAAAAUGGAGGACAAACAAAACUGAACUAAAACUAAAAAAAAAAAAAAAAUGAUUAAGAUUUUAAGUCUACUUUUUUGCAAAUAUUAAUUAUUAUCGUUAUCGUUUCAUUUAACUUUCAUUGUUGAGUAUUUUCAAAUACUGAUUCAAAAAAACAAAUAAAUAAAAACCUGUGCAACUUUGUACCUUUAAAAGAAA